GAAAUAUGGAAUCUCUGAUCCAGUGUCCCUACACUUGUUUUGUUCAUUCUAUCAUCUCCCCUUUAUAAAAGGCUUCUUCCAUUAACCUUAGCAUUUCAAUUGUACCUCUUGAUCGAGAAAAUAUAUAUGAGAUAUAUAAAAUCUCUGGCCUGAAUCAGUACUAUCCAUGGAGAGCUUCAGGAAGCUAUUUCUUCCUCUUCUUGUUCAGUUCAUCGCCGUGGCCGUCAGUGGAGUGUGGGCGAAGCCAGUAACCUUCACCGAAGGCUUUACGAUCACUUGGGCGGAUUCUCAUGUCAAGCAGCUGCAAGGAGGCUCUUCCAUUCAACUCAUUCUCGACCAGUCCUCCGGUUCUGGUUUUGCAUCGAAGAACAAGUAUUUGUUCGGGCGUGUGAGCAUGAAGAUAAAGCUUGUCUCCGGGGACUCCGCUGGCACCGUCACCGCCUUCUAUAUGAACUCGGAUACUGCUAAUGUGAGGGACGAGCUGGACUUCGAAUUCUUAGGGAACAGAAGCGGUCAGCCUUAUACGGUCCAGACGAAUGUGUACGCCAAAGGGAAAGGAGACAGAGAGCAAAGGGUUAAUCUCUGGUUCGAUCCAGCUGCUGAUUAUCACACCUAUUCUAUCCUCUGGAAUCACUGUCAUGUCAUAUUUUUCGUGGACGAGGUGCCGAUCAGGGUCUUCAAGAACAACGAAAGGCGAGGCGUUGCCUUCCCCACGUUGCAGCCCAUGGGAGUUUACUCGACUCUAUGGGAAGCCGACGACUGGGCCACGAGAGGCGGCUUGGAGAAGAUAGACUGGAGCAAGGCGCCCUUCUACGCCUACUAUAAGGAAUUCGAUAUCGAAGGGUGCGUCGCAGGGGCGGCGCCAGCCUCCGCCGCCGCCUGUGCGUCGAACGCCGGAAACUGGUGGGAGGGACCGGCGUACUGCCAGCUCAGCGCUGGGCAGGCCAGGCUGUACAGGUGGGUUCGACUCAACCAUCUUAUCUAUGACUACUGCACCGACAAAUCACGAUAUGCGGUUCUCCCCGCGGAGUGCAUGGCUGGAAUAUGAGAUCUUUAUUUGCAAUUGCUGGACGGAAUAAUAUCUAUAUAUAUCUUCUUCUAAUUAUUCAUCUGUUAAUGAUCAUCAAUGGCGGCUGCGGCUGGAAAUUAUUUGGUCCUCUGUUUUGUAAUAGAUAUAUGUAUGUAUGUAGAGCAGCGUGGUGCAUUUGUUUCUGGUCUCUGUAAUAAUGCGUACGCAAUUAUUUUAUGAGACAUUUGUAGUCAACUAUAUAUGUGCACGUUUUACCUUUCAUGUGAAUUCCCGUA